AUGAAGGAGGGAGAGGAGGAGGACGAGGCGGCGGCGACUUCCCUGUCCACGGUGGCCCUGCGCUUGGUGUUCGCCAACGGGAGCCGCGAGGUCGACGUCGGAGAGGUCGCGAUCGAUCCCGGCCUCGGCUUCCGCAGGCUGCAAUUUCUUGUUUGCGAUCGGAUCGGGGUGCCGGCGGAGCAGAUCUCGCUGUUCCUCGCUCUGCGCAGGAAGGCCAGGUCGUCCCUGGAGGGCGGGAAGAGGACGCCGAUCGACGAGCGCACCGACUUCGCGGCCCUGGUGCGAGAGAAGGACGGCGUCGUCCUGGCGCAGCUGAAGCAGAUGAAGAAGGACCGGCGCGUGAAAACCGGACGGAACCUCGCCAGGGAAGAGGCUCUGUCCGCGCGGGGGAAGAAGUCGCCGCCAUCGUUUCCGGAGAAGACGAUCCUGAGGAGGCCCUCCGAAUUGCCAUCGACGACCGCUGCCGCCGCCCUCCCGGUUCUUGCAGAGAACGGCCAGGGCCUCAUGGGACCGUUCAACUACGAAUCCCUCAGGAACCUCCAGAUACAGAGGGAGAGGUACCUUCUCUCCACCGCCCCCGCCGCCGUUCACCGUCCUUACACGGAGGCUGCGCCGCCACCGCCACCGACCGCCGGCGACGCCGCGGUCGCCGUGUGCGAGCUUUGCUCAUCUGCCAAAGAAACCCCAGUGCCGUUCCACUGCUGCGUCCUCGACGAGGUCGUCGCCGAGGCGUUCCGCUCCCCUGCUGGUCCGAUCCAGAGGCCGCCCCCCAAGGCCCUUCCCCCUUCCUAG